ACUGUAUUGAGUAUUUCUUAGAUUAUACGAAAAAUAUUGAAUAAUACUGUAACUCAUUAGAAAUUUUAUACAACCAUCCAAAGAAAUUGCAUUCCCGCGCAAAUAAUCACUAUUUUUAGAACUUCAAGAUGUCUGACGAAUGGGAUGCCGAAGAUUUUGAGCCGGAAUUACCUGUGAAGACUACAGAUCAGUGGGAAGGGGAGGAUGAAGAUGAUGUCAAGGAUAAUUGGGAGGAUGACGAUGAUGAAGAAAAGAAGUCAGAACAAAAAGAUGGGGAAGGAAAGCUUUUCCAGAGAAAAAAAAAGAAAUUAGCAGACAGAAUAGCAGAAAAACAAGCUGCUAAACUUGCUGCGGAAGAGGCUGAACAAGAAAAAAAUAGGAAAUUAACACCAGAAGAGGAAAUUGCAGACAAAUUGAAAAAGCAGAGAUUACAAGAAGAAUCAGAUUUACAGUUAGCCAAAGAAGCUUUUGGUGUAAAUAAAGGUUCAGGUAUAGACGGAAUGUUCCCAGAAGAUGAAGAAGGAUUUGAGAAGUUUGGUGAAGCUAUAAAAAAUAAAAUUACAAUUUUUGAAAAAUCGAAACAUUACUGUUCAUUUUUAGAAAAACUUUUCACAGAUUUAGUAGUUAGUUUGGAAGCUGAAGACUGCAGAAAAUUGGGACAAAAUUUAACAAAUAUAUACCACGAAAAACAGAAAAUAGCAAAGGAAAUGAAUAAGAAAAAGAAGAAGAGUAAAAUUACAUUGAAAUCAGAGAGAGACAAUGACUUUAACGAUUUAGCAGCGUCAUCUAGUGGCAAUUAUGGUUUUGAUGAUUUAGAUGAAGAUUUUAUAUAGUAGCAAUCCAAUAGUAUGGACUACAUCUGCCUUUCACUAAUACUACACCUAAGUUAAAAUAAGGAGACCUACAUGGAAAAAAUACUUAAUUUCAUGGACAAUGAAUAGUAAGAGAAUGUAUUAAGAUGUUCAAAGAAUAUCAAAUUGUUUAUUGCAUGUUUUUUCUUGAAGGAGGGAAAUCCAUUUGUUUAAAUUCAAUUGUAAGAUAAAAUGUGUUCUGCUUCAUUCUUUAAUUUGUAAAUUUGUUAUUAUCUUGUACUAUUGUAAAUUCAUAAGACUUUAUGAUGAUUAUGUCUUAAUUGAACUCCACAUACAUGUAUGUACACAUAUACAUUCUUAUGUAUUACAUGUAUCUUGCAUGAAUUUUUUCAUGUUAAAUUAGAUUAUGGUAGCUUGUUUUUCAACUAGCAUUAACUUAAAUCUAAAGUCUUACCACUUUUUAUAUAGUAUUAAUUUUUUUUCUCUAGAUAUGAGUAUAUAGAAUGUUUAUUUCUAAUUUUUCUCACAAUGUAGACUCUUUGAUGAAUUUUAAAAUGAUAAGCAAAUAAGCAAAUAUUGUAUUUAUAAAUCUCAAAUUUAGUUGAAACUUAUUUUCAUGCUUAUGUAACCAAAAUGGUUGACUGGUGUGUUGUAUUUGCUAAAAUGCUCAAAUUAAAAAAAAAAAAUUUAAUGCCCUGUCUAUAAUAAUACUUUCUGGGUCUGCCAUUCGUUCGUCUGUCGUAUAUCACGUUAAAGUUUGUGUUUAAGAUAGUUAACUAUGGACACAUUUUCUUGUCAUAAAGCAAAAAAUUUGAUCUAAAACUUAACAUAUGACAGAUAAAAUAACAAUUCUUUCAUGUAUUGUGAAUGUCAGUUAAUACUAAUAUUUUCAUAAUAUUUAAAUUUUUAUCCUUUUUUAUGACCCACCUACGAUAGUAGAGGGGCAUUAUGUUUUUCAGUCUGUGCGUCCGUCUGUCUGUCCCCCUUCAGGUUAAAGUUUUGGGUCAAGGUAGUUUUUGCUGAAGUUGAAGUCCAAACAACUUGAAACUUAGAACACAUGUUCCCUAUGAUAUGAUCUUUCUAAUUUUAAUGCCAAAUUAGAGUUUUGACCUCAAUUUCACGGUCCACUGAACAUAAAAAUGAUAGUGCGAGUGGGGCAUCCGUGUACUAUGGACACAUUCUUGUUUUCUUUUAUUUUUGUGUGGAGAAGCUUAUGAAGUGGAAAUUGCUGAUACUUCAAAGUGUCUUGGAUUCUUUUCACUUCAAAAAAGAGAGACAAUUUAAUACUAAAACAAUAUGUUAAUGCAAAUAAUUAUCUCUUUAAAUCUCACAUGUUUGAUCUGACAAUUACCAUGUUGUUUUUGUAUAGGAUUUAGGGAAAUCUUUGACUGAAAGUUGUGCUCUUAAGAAAAUAUCUUUUGUGAAACCAUGUGACAUGCAUAUUAAGUAGCAAAGCAAUUUAGCAUUCAAAAUUUUAACUAAAUUGUUGUUUCGUCUUUAUCUGUACACAUUGAAGCAGAGUAUUUGAUACAUAGAUUGAUUUUCUGUUCCAUAUUCUUUUACGUUAUUUUCAACUAAUUUUUUCAUACAAAUUUUGUCAUUGGUGACCUUAGUUAUGUUUUGUAUCUGCAAAUUUCAUUUUAUAUUACAUGUAGUUUAAAAACAUACUAUUGAAAUAUUGAAGUGCUUCGUCCAUUAUUAUAAUGUUAUUUAUUGAUAAAAAAAGUUUCAAAACCAAUAAACAUAUUAAGAAACACUGUA